CUCCCGGAGCGGCGGGGGGUGGGGAGGAGGCGCUAUGGCCGACGUGUUCCCGGGCUCCGAGCCCGGCGCCGACCCGGAGGCGGCGCGGCGCUUCGCUCGCAAGGGCGCCCUGAGGCAGAAGAACGUGCACGAGGUGAAGGAGCACAAAUUCAUCGCGCGCUUCUUCAAGCAGCCCACCUUCUGCAGCCACUGCACCGACUUCAUCUGGGGAUUUGGGAAGCAAGGAUUCCAGUGCCAAGUUUGCUGUUUUGUGGUUCAUAAGAGGUGCCAUGAAUUCGUUACCUUCUCCUGUCCUGGGGCUGACAAGGGGCCCGACACUGAUGAUCCCAGAAGCAAGCACAAGUUCAAGAUCCACACCUAUGGGAGCCCCACCUUCUGUGACCAUUGUGGGUCUCUGCUCUACGGGCUCCUGCACCAGGGGAUGAAAUGUGACACCUGUGAUAUGAACGUCCACAAGCAAUGUGUGAUAAACGUCCCAAGCCUCUGUGGCAUGGACCACACAGAGAAGAGAGGAAGGAUUUAUCUGAAAGCUGAAGUCACUGGUGACAAACUGGAAGUGACAGUGAGAGAAGCAAAAAACCUCAUUCCCAUGGAUCCAAAUGGACUUUCAGAUCCUUAUGUCAAACUGAAGCUCAUCCCAGAUCCUAAGAAUGAAAGUAAACAAAAAACAAAAACCAUCCGUUCUACCCUGAAUCCGGACUGGAAUGAGUCAUUCACGUUUAAAUUAAAACCCACAGACAAAGAUCGCCGGUUAUCCGUGGAGGUCUGGGACUGGGAUCGAACCACCAGGAAUGAUUUCAUGGGGUCGCUCUCUUUUGGAGUGUCAGAGCUUAUGAAAAUGCCAGCCAGUGGAUGGUACAAGCUGCUGAAUCAAGAGGAGGGUGAAUACUACAACGUUCCCAUUCCAGAUGCUGAUGAAGAUGGAAAUGCAGAGCUCCGACAGAAGUUUGAGGACUGUCAUGUAAAUAUCCACUUCUUCAAGAAAGCCAAACUUGGGCCAGCUGGUAACAAAGUCAUUACUUCAACAGAAGACAAGAACUCAAGUGUGCCAUCCAACAAUCUGGACAGGGUGAAGCUGACAGAUUUCAACUUUCUCAUGGUUCUUGGAAAGGGGAGCUUUGGGAAGGUGAUGCUGGCGGACAGGAAGGGCACAGAGGAGCUCUAUGCAAUCAAAAUCCUGAAGAAAGAUGUGGUGAUCCAGGAUGAUGAUGUGGAGUGCACCAUGGUUGAGAAACGAGUCCUGGCACUGCAGGAUAAGCCCCCGUUCCUGACACAGCUCCACUCUUGUUUCCAGACAGUUGACCGGCUGUAUUUUGUGAUGGAGUAUGUCAAUGGUGGGGAUCUCAUGUAUCACAUCCAGCAAGUAGGAAAAUUUAAGGAGCCACAAGCAGUGUUCUAUGCAGCUGAGAUCUCAAUUGGGUUAUUCUUUCUCCAUAACAGAGGGAUUAUUUAUAGAGAUCUGAAAUUAGAUAAUGUGAUGUUGGAUUCAGAAGGACACAUUAAAAUUGCUGAUUUUGGAAUGUGCAAGGAGCACAUGUUAGAUGGAGUAACAACCAGGACCUUCUGUGGCACUCCAGACUACAUUGCACCAGAGAUUAUUGCUUACCAGCCCUAUGGGAAGUCUGUGGAUUGGUGGGCGUAUGGUGUGCUGCUCUAUGAGAUGUUGGCUGGCCAGCCUCCAUUUGAUGGGGAAGAUGAAGAUGAACUGUUCCAGUCCAUAAUGGAGCACAAUGUUUCCUACCCAAAAUCACUGUCCAAAGAAGCAGUCUCCAUCUGCAAGGGGCUAAUGACUAAACAUCCUGCAAAACGCCUUGGCUGUGGCCUGGAAGGUGAAAGAGACAUCAGGGAACAUGCUUUCUUCAGGAGAAUUGACUGGGAGAAAUUGGAGAACAGAGAGAUUCAGCCACCUUUCAAACCUAAAGUGUGCGGCAAAGGGGCUGAAAACUUCGAUAAGUUCUUCACACGAGGACAGCCGGUGUUGACGCCUCCAGAUCAGCUGGUCAUUGCCAACAUAGACCAAACAGAUUUUGAAGGGUUCUCUUACGUCAACCCCCAGUUCGUGCACCCCCUUGUAGAAAAUGUAGCAUGAGACAGCAGAACAAAUCCCGCCGUGGGGGAACAGCUGUAACCCUACAAUUUUUAGGCUUUCGCCUCGUUGAUUCCAUUUGGCCCUGGAAAUUGUAGGGUUAGAGGGCGGAAGAUGAGGGAAGGGCCACUUAGUCAGGAUUUGGGCUUUGCAGCAGCAAUGUUGUCUUAAGAGGAGAUAAAUUAGUGUACGGUGCCCACUUUUUCUUCUAGAAGUCGCCACUGACUUGUCGAAACUUACCCAUGUUUUGGUACAUUCUAUAUUUUGUAACUUCCCACUGUCCUUUUGCUCCCUUUUCCACUCCGUUGUGUUGGAAAAACAUCUGACACAGGAUGGUGGUCCGAACCAGAAGUCACCUCAAGUAUUUAUUCCUUGGGGGCGGAUGCUGGGAGGUGGGAGCUCCUCCCUGCACUCCCGGGGACUUCAGGGGCAGCGCCAGAGACUGAGCAGGGUCAGCUCCGGGGGGGAGAGGCAUUGCAAAAACAUCACUGAAAGUGUUUGCAAAAUGUGGCAGGAGAAAAAAAAAAUACUUGGGAAUGGGUGGGGAGGGGGAUGAAAUCAAAUUAGACCCCAAGGCUUGGCAAACCGUUCCUGUAAAAUCCCAAAGAAAAGCGCUGGGGUGGUGGCCACGUCUCUAGGAUUUGUGCUAGGAGGAGCAUGUGAUAAACUUGAGGGUGAAAUUUUGUCUUUAAUAAUAAUAAUAAUAAUGAUAAUAGUAAUAAUUUUAAUAAUACUUUUGUGAAUUUUUAAUCUCCAUGAGAUUAUUCUGUGAUCCAGGGUGCCAUUGUCUGUUCAGUUGGUUUCAUUUACACCACUCCUCAAGUUUACUGUUAACUGGUUCUAAUACCAAUAUUUUACUAUGAAAUUUAUUAACCUGGAAUGUAAAACAAAACUGUAAUUCCUUAUAUCUUAUUUACAUGUGUUUAUUUAUAGUCUGCAGUGUAGGACAGUAAAUUGAAGAAAUCAUCAUGUAUACUAAAUUAACAAAAAAUGCAGCCCCAAGUGACUUCCUGAUUUCUCCAGAAUAACUCAUGAAAAUCAAGUGAGAUUUAGUCUUAAAUAAUCAGUUUUAAUUCAGAAAACUUUGGGCUGUAGAAUAAUCAAGCCUGAAAGAAGCAGCACCUAAAACUCGUUUUAUUGAUAGAAUGGAAUUUAAUACGUUUUACAUAUGCUUCAUGCAAUGAAUUUUGCAUGUUUAGUAAUAACUCUUAAUAAUAAGGGUUAAUAAAUAAUAAGCAGAUCUAUAUUAUUGACAUAAUCGUAUCAAGCAUAAAGAGUAUUAUAAAAAUUUUAUAAAACAACUUGUGCUUUAUUUGUGAAAGUUCUUGUUCCAUUUAGAUUUAGCUCAAUGUUUUCUUGCUAUUGUUUUGAUUUUUAUUUUAGGUUUUAAAUAUUGUUACUGGCUUAGGGUAUAAUCUCUUUUUUUAAAAGUAGAUAUACUUUUAAACAAUAAUUGCUACCUGCAGGUUUUAUACAAGGUUCAAUUAGGCUUUCAUUUCACAUCUGCUUAUUACUUGCAGAGAAGGAAAUAGACUUUAUUUGCAAUGAUGAACACUGUAAUUAAUGCAAUCUUCUCCUCUCCUAUCACUUAGAUAAAAAAUUUUGAUAUUUCCUCUUAAUACUUACCAGAAGAUAUUAACUCGAAUAUCAGUAAAUAAUGUUUUGUGCAUAUUUGGGUUUUGUUACAGCAUGUAAAAUAGUAGUUGGUGCAUUUCCCUUUUUUUUUCCUCUCCUGCCUUGAUCCCAUUAGCAGCCACAGGCACUUUUUGUCUGUCAGAUGUGCAUGAUGAUGCCAGAAGCAUGAUGUCUCUGUUGCUGCAUGCAGACUGGGUACAAUUUUUCCAGCAUGUAAACAUAUUGAAAAAGUAAGAUAUUUGCCAUAAAAUACUUCAAUUUAUACUGGAAUAUGUAAUGGGGUGGGGUGGGAGGGGAACCUACUUUCUAAUCAUCUUUUAUGACAAUAAAACAUGGAACCUGUGCCAAAGAUUCUGUCAGAAAGAUCCAAUCCUGCCAGAGGGGAGGGCUGGCCCUGGGGGGUGGCCUGGGCGAGCUGGGCAGUUGUUGAGGGAGACGUGGUUGGAUUGAAGGGUGACUGUGUCGAGCUUCUGCACCUGCAGGGCCCUUGGGAAACGCAGCUUUGGGGCCAGGAGGUGCAGUUUCCACACUCCAGAAGUCCAAUUGUUGCCCUGUCUCAGUCCUUUUGGACCCCCAGCUCCCACGAGGGGCAUCUUGGAGUGAUCAAAGCCUGACAUUUCCAAGGUGUGGCUCAGCAGGGGCGUUGGCCAGCUGACAGGAACUCAGGUCAUUGCCUAAACAAACAGGACUCCAAACUUUUCAAACAUUUUAGGAGUAAGAUUUUUAAACUGUUCUGUGUCAAAUAUGUUGUCAUCCAAGACUGGGAGUUCAUUUUCUCCUUUGUGUAUUAUGUACUUCAAAAAUGAUGGUAUUCACCAUAAAGCAUGUGGCCUGAUGCAGCAUUCAUGACUUCUUUUCUUUUUUUUUUUUUUUUUCCUGACUAUUAUUAGCCUGGCAAUGAUUAGUAAAAUGCUGUAGAAGACGAUAGAUUGAAUUAAGAUAUUAGAUUACUGAGUCUCAAAUUUGAAUAAAGAAGGGGCUCUCAGCUAUGCCAGUCUGCCAAGAGGUGCCACUGUGCUUGUUUUUAAAAUGUGAAGUGAAAAAGACACUUCUGAAAAAGGAAAAUACAGGGAGAAAUACCAGUAUACAGGUUUGGGGAGUGAGCAAAGAAGAACAAGGGCAGAAUUGAACCAAGCCAGAAACCAGGCAGGAGCUCCCCUCCAGGGUAGAUGUUGCCACAGUUCUGUUUUCCUGAUGAAAUCUGAAUUUUCCAAGGAAGUCCCAUUGCUGGCACAGCUGUGACAGUUGGUGCUGUUCACACCAGGACACGGUGUCACAGGGCUGCUCUGACACUGGGACAGAGCUGUUCAUUUUCUGGCUACUUUUCAUACCCAAUUUCUUCAGCCCUUGUGUUUGUCUCCCAGUUUUUCUGAUGUAGAAGCAGAAAUUCCUCUUGAGCGUCGUUACCUGAGGUCUCCAGGCCUGUGACAGACGUGCUGCCUUCUGGAGGUUUCUAAAACACUUAGGAAAAGGUACUGUGAACUCAUGGAUCCUGCAGGAGCCAAGCAGGGCUGGAUAAAGCAGGGAUUUGUUGUGCUACCCCUCUCUGCUCUUCCUGAUGCCCUCACAUGCUCUGACCUUUCCUGAGAACUCCCACUGGCUGCUCAGAAUCCAGAAAUUUACCAUGGCAAGGAAAACCUGAAGAAUCCAGCCAGAACUUUCAUAUCUUUUUAGAGACAGAUGUUAUUUAUAUAAUAUUUUUCACAAGAUUUGGUUUUCUAGAGAACAUGUAUCAACAGAAGGAGAGGCAUUAGAGCUGCUUCUCUUUCACUUGUGUUUGACAGCAACUGUAAUCCCAACACCCACACCGGGACUACACCAAGAUUCCCAAAAGGCAAAUUGAAAAUUGUGCUGCUCUGAAGCUGGGCUGGAAGUUUUGGGAGCUGUAAUUAAAAAUUGUAUUGCACUGAAGCUGGGCUGGAAGUUCUGGGAGCUCUGUUCCCAUCCCUGUGCUUGAGUCCCAGAUGGUUCCAGGGCAGCCCCAUUCCUGCUGGGAGAGUCACAGGUUUGCCAUAUAAAACUUCCUAGGGGUUUUCAGGGAUCAAACAGGACUUAACUGGCUCCUAGGCAAAUUCUGUCAUUAUUCAGGCAUCUGGAUGCUUUUGUGCACCUUUGAGUGACCAGAGCAGGGUGGUGGGAUUCCAGGACAACCAUUUCACCCACCAACCAGGCUCGGUGCUCUGAGCAAGGUUGGACAUAUGUGAGAAGGAGAAAGCACAUUCCCAUGAUAAAAUAGUUCUCAUUAGUCCUAUUUGGAGGAGAACUGCAAUUUAGCUUUCUGAUUCUUCAUUAUUUCCAGAAAUACAAUUGAAUUCCCUUUUACAAACUGAAGAAGGUUCUUCUGGAAAUCAGCUGCUAGUUUAAAAAAACUCAUCACGUCUGAAUGCUGCUUUGAAAUCCUGUCUUUUGGGGUGAAUCCAAUUCAGUAAUGCUGGGCUUCUAUAAAAUUAAUAAGGUUGAGCAAGAGAGGAACUUGUCUCCUAGCUGGCAAGAUGACACAUCCAAGGGUGGAGUGGUACCAGUUGAAAAGUGUUUUCUGAGCCAGUGCCUCUGGAUGCAGUCCCAGUUAAAUGCCAUAGGAGACACAUGCAGUGAGCAGGGGGGACAGAUCCUCCUUAUUGUGCAAAGCAUAGCUUUGGAAAUAAUUAGUAAUAAUAAUAAUCCAAUAAUAAAGCUUUGAUACAAGUAGAAAGCAUAUCUACAGUAUAUUGAGUUUACAGUAGGCGUUUGGACCUGCCAGGAAACUUCUGGAAAUAUUUAAUGUGAUUUUCAGUUCUUUUAGUCAUUAGCAUAAGUUGUUGCACAUAGGGGUUUUGUCUCGUUGCAGACGUGAGCGUGGGCUGUGUUUGAUGUGUCCCCUCUGUAGGUGGGCACUGAGCUGCCAAGUAGUCAAAAAGUAGACAAGCUAAAAAGCACUUUUUUCCCUCAGCCCCUCACUCGUAGACGGGAUGUGAAAUAGCUGAGUUGCAGAAAUAAGCAAGAUUUGACUCCAUAAAGAUGCGUGAUUCCCUCACCGUGCCAGUAACAAUUGGGAAUUAAAAAGCCUUAUCAUGGAUAAUGAUCAUGCACUACAGCCCUCCUGUUCCCAGGAAAUCCUUCAGAGGGAGAGGCCACUUAACCUCUCUGCCUCACUUACCUCACCUGCAGCAUGGGGGUAAUAACACUGACUGACCCCACAGGGAGGGCUGAGGACUUCUUAGGCAAUGUUUCUAAUUCACUUUUAACCUGAAAAGAGUUGUGUACGUAUUAUUAUAAUUUUUAAUAUUAAAUCAGCUUCUUGGAUUCACAUGGUACUGCUGGCUAUGCCAUGCUGUUUCUACUUUUUUAUAGAACUUUAGUAAUUCUGCUGAAACCGUUUGAAGAGAAAUAAAAUCAGAUCUGAUACGUUUCUUACAGAAUCUGGAGUGCAGCUUUUGUACCUGGAGUCAGGGUGUGGCGGGGAGUGAUGCUUGCUGAUUGUCUAGGUCAGCUGCACUUAGCUCUUUUCCAGCUACUGAGAUUUUUAUGUGCAAUUUAAAAAUUCCGUGUGGAUGGAAGUCUUAACAGAACUAAAAAUUGGAGGGGGAGAUUCCCUUUGGGUAAAUAAAGUCAGCACAGCUUUUUUCUAGUUUUUACUGACUCCUGCUGAAGGAGGAGCUCUGUUCUUUGUGCAGCUGGUUUGUCCAUGACAGGUCAAUAUUUUCUGUUGAUAUUUUAAUGUAUUUCUGUGUUGUAAAUCUGUCUUUGUGCUUCUUUUUUUUUUCUUUGUCUGUGACACGGUAGUUCAAAUUUAAAAGAAAACUGCUCCAGAAGCUGGUUUUUUUUUCUUCCACUGAUGUCAGUUGACCUAAAUAAAUAAAUUAAGUCUGUUAAUGAUUUGAAACACUGCAGGAUAAGUAGCAACAACAUUGACACAGCUGCCAUUGAAGCUCAUUUCUCACUCUGGUUACAUUGGACACUCUGCAGCUGAUGUUUCAUUCCUUUUAUAAUUAUUAAUGACAGGAACGUUUAAUAGAAAGGAAGAUGAUGUUCAUGAUCUUUACAAACAUUUUCCUGAGAACUGUUUGAAUUUCUUUUCCUUCUCUCUGAACCCCUUGAGGUGACACUGUCCAGAGUUCCUUCCAGAGCUUCACAAACUCCUGGCUUAAAAAUCUUAAAAUUAACAAACCAAAACCACUACAGCUUCCGAGGCACCCAGGAACCACAGAGCUCCCUGGGUGCUGAAUGCUUGGCCAACAGCCCCAAUUCACUGAAAAUAUUAAUUUUAAAUAAAGACAAUUAUGUGUUUGUACCCACUGUUGGCCUUGGAGUAUAAAAACAAUGUUCUUGCAGCGGUAAUAAAAAUUUAAUCUAUGGCUUGUUCCCCAAACCUUUAAUUUGUUCUUUCCCAUGUUAUCAAAAUGUAUGUAAAAAAAAAAAAUUCAACAACAUGAAGCUCUUUGGCUCUUUGUAAAAUGUGCAUUUCUCAACACUCUGUGGUUUUGCACAACAAUACAGAGAACACCUGAAACUUCUCAAAUGACUGUAUGUUGCUUAAUUUUUUUUUAAACAUUAAGUAAUCCCACCUUGAACUCAAUAAUAUUUUUAAUAUUAUUUUAAGACCCAGAUGUUGUAUUUAUAUAGAGGACAACAUUAUUUAUUUUCAUAAUACUUAUCUGCAAGAUGCUACCAGAAAAUUUGGAGAGGUCAUGCAUUUUUCAAAAGAUUUAAAAAAAAACCCCAACCAUUGGAAGUGUAGUGGGCAAGACUGAUGUACAAAUUCCAGCAUCUUUUGUUUGUUUGUUUGUUUGUUUCAUAAUUCACAGUAUCUUCAAUCUUUGUUUGCAUGAAAUGCUUUUGUUAAGUAUUAAUUGUAGUUUCAAAGCAAGUGUGUAUGAAUAAAAAUACUGAUCAUUA